GUUGCAGUGGUCAUAUAGACAGUCACUUGUGCGGCACGUGUCCCCGCCGCUACAAGUCCCGCGCGGCGCUGCGCAAACACACAGCUAUUCAGCACAGCGCGUGCGACUCCGAGCUCGCCUACUGCGUGCAUUGUGAUAGACAGUUUGAUAGUGCGCUGGUGUAUAGAAGACAUGUGUUGACUAGCGCAGCGCAUCGCAGUGAGAGAGGAGUGCAAGCCAAAAAGAAUUUUCCAUGUCCGGAAUGUACUAAUACUUAUUCAAGGAGAGCGUAUAUGAUGAAUCACUAUAGACAUGUACAUAUGAAACAAUCGAAAUAUUACUGUAAUCAGUGUGAUAGGCAUUUUCUUAACCGCACUCGUUAUGUAGAUCACAUGAGAUAUAAUCACGAAGGAGUUAAAAAGGAGAAGAAUAAACUAUGCAAUAUAUGUGGCAGAGGAUUUGCAGCAAACCGCACACUAACAAACCACCUGCGCACGCACUCGGGCUCACGUCCUCACGCGUGCUCGCACUGCGGCGCGCAGUUCGCGCAGCGCACGUGCAUGCUGGCGCAUGUCAAGCGCGUGCACGCCGACACAAGGCGCCGCUGACGUUGUGCAUAGAUAUAGUUCGUGGCAAACUUAAUGGCGUCUCGAAACUACUUUUAAAUUU